AUGUCUGGAACAAAUCAAGGAGGGCUUAUUAAAGGUGUUAAAGAUUUUUUUAGCGGAACCAUUGGUGGAAUUGUUCAAAGACUUCAAACACAACCAUAUAAUGGCACAUUAGAUUGUGUCAGGCAAACUAGUAGUAAAGAAGGAUUACGCGGAUUUUAUAAGGGAUCAACAACCCCUCUAGUUGGAUAUGGUACAUUCGUUUCCAUUCAAUUUUUCGUUUUUGGAUCUAUGCAAAGACUAUUUAAUGAAAGGAAUGAAAGGAAUGGACAAUCAAGGAUGUUGACAAUGUCACAAUUAUAUCUAGCUGGGGCUGCAUCUGGGAUAAUAAGUUCUUUUGUUUCUUGUCCGGUCGAACAUAUUCGUACACGACUCCAAGUGCAACGUAAUAAUGAACUUUAUAAUGGACCAAUCGAUUGUAUCAAAAAAAUUUACUCUAAAUAUCACAUUAAAGGAAUUUAUAAGGGACAGUUCAUAACAAUGGCCCGUGAACUUCAUGGAUGUGGUUGUUAUUUUCUAAUAUACGAAUACUUGAUGUAUCGCGCCAUGUUUAAAGAACAAAAAAAAAGGGAUGAAUUGCCUAGUUGGAAACAUUGUUUAUACGGGGCUGCUGCAGGAUACGGAUUAUGGGGUUUAUGCUACCCAAUAGAUGUUAUAAAGAGUAAAAUACAAACAGAUGAAUUUUCAAAAGACAAGAGAAAAUAUUCAAGCUCAUUGGAUUGUGCAAAACAAACUUUCGCCAAAGAAGGAAUUAAAGGUUUCUUUAAAGGAUUUGGUGCAUGUAUAUUACGUGCUGGACCUGUUAAUGCUUCAUCUUUUGUUGCCAUUGAAAUUACUAAAAAAUG